UCUCUUCUCAAUAUCUAAACUGUUAUUAUUCUAACUUUUAGUGAACAUAUUGUUAUAGUUGUUAUCCAAGAUUAUCUAAUUCUGUACAAUGUACUGGAACGAGAUGAAUCCUCAAAGACGCAAUAUUUUGUUUAAGUUUGACAAUUCAGACAUUGAAAAAGACAGGGAGCGAAUACUAAUAAAAAUUAAAACAAAUCUAUUUAAUUUCGUUAAUUUAUUUUUUUCAUCUUCCAACAUACAUGGUCUUAACCACUUGACUGACAAAAAAAGACAUUACAUCGAAAAAUUAACUUGGGUCAUUGCAAUAUGUUUGAGUAUCUAUGGUUCAGCAAUUCUAGGUUCUUCCACAUGGAAUCGUUAUCAAGAAAAUCCAACUGUGAUAUCUAUGGACAGAGAAUACAAGGAAUGGGCUACUGCACUUCCAGCAGUCACUUUAUGUCCUACAAACAAAAUUGAUGACCAACUUUUUGAUGAACUCGUACAGAAAAAGUUUUCAAAUUACACAGACGAGGAGAAAGAAGAAUUACGAACGUUCCUGGUUUUGUUGGCGAACGCCACUUAUGGUACGUUUAAAGAAGUGCCUGAGUAUAAUCGAAUAUCGCCAAAUGAAUACUUGGAUUACAUUAUGUCGCUGAGUGCCAAUGUAUCGUACACAAUCAGCAAUAGUCACGUGGACAUAUUUUCGUCGAUCGAAUCGGUGCCAAGCGUAACCGAAUUGGGCUUAUGUUAUUCGUUCAACGGGUAUAUCGCACCAUACAACAAUUACAAAUAUUGGAAAAACCGCAACAUCAGUGAGUUCCCGAAGAUAGAAGUAAUGUCGGGCACCCCGUUAGACGGGGAUAUUUUCGUUCAGAUAACGUCCAUGAAUUUUGGUUACAUGGGAUUUGUGCACUCUCCUUACGAAGCGCCCGACAUAGGAUGCCGUAUUUACUCGUCACCGGAGUAUUUCGCCAAAACACUAGAAGUGACUGCGCUGAGUAUAUUCAGUACGCCUGAAAUCAAAUAUCUCUCUCCCAGACAGAGGGGCUGCCGGUUCUUGGAAGAGAGCGAUUUGGAAAUAAGUCCGGAAAUGUAUACGUACAAUAUGUGCCGGAACCAGUGUCGAAUGGACCAAGCGCGAAAAUUAUGCGGAUGUGUUCCCUACUUUUAUAGGCCGCUGAAAAAAUAUAAAAUAUGCAAUGUCGAAGGAAUGCAUUGUUUGGAUCAAUAUAAAGAAUUCCUUAUAAAACUUCGGAAUACAACAGGAGUUGAUGAAAAAGUAAACUGUGGCUGUUUCCCACCUUGUGAUGAUGUUAAUUAUAUCGUAGAAGGUGACGACACAAUUGAAUGGAUCCUAGGAACUAAUUUGAAGUGGGGACUUAUCAAGUAUCCUCGUAUGCGUUUGAAGAGAAACAUUCUUUUCGGUUUCACUGAUGUUUUAGUUUCGAUUGGAGGCACCGCCGGUUUAUUUUUUGGAUGUUCGGUUUUAAGUUUCUUGGAGAUAAUUUAUUUCUUCAUAUUUCGUCCGACAUUGAAGUUCUUGUAUCAUUUUAACACCAUCAUGCGUAGAAUAUGGACGUAUUUCCGCAACAGUACGGUACACGGCUUCAAUUAUAUUGCCGACAAACGUCGUCAUUGGACGGAGAGAGUAUUUUGGGUUUUGACGUGCUUCAUAUCCUGUCUUGCUACGAGACAAUAUCUCCAAGCCACUUGGUACGCUUACAACAAUAAUGCCGUCAGCUUUGUCACCGACACCACGUAUCUAGAUUGGAACACGAGUUUCCUCUCGUUAUCGGUUUGCGAACAAGAGUCACCAGACAAGUUGUACGACUUGGCUUCUAAGUUAUACGGCACUGAUCGAGAUUUAAACAUCGAUUUUUUUUUACGGGACAUCGCGUUCUAUGACGGCGCAUGUUAUUCGUGCGUCACCCAUUGUCAAAAGGGAACGUUAAACUGCACUAUAAACUACGAUCAAAUCAUACGUGAAAUUCGAUCAGAAUGUAAAGAUCUAAUUGGCAAUUGUUAUUGGAACGAUGAGCCGUUCGAAUGCUGCGAUCAAUUCUUACCAAUAACGACUGAAAAUGGUGUGUGUUUUAUUAUAAACUCUUUACACACAGUAAAGAAAGAUGGAGAAAAAUUAAAAAUGAUAUCAAACCGACAAUCAGGGCCUGGUAGCCUUUCUUUCACAGCUUACGAGUCCAUAAAGCUAUUUAUACACUCACCAGAAGAUUUACCUUACGUAAACCAUCCACAAGAAGAAAAAUUUUUACUAAGUUGGGGUGUAUCAAUUGUGAUUAAGUACCAGAUUAAAGAGAUUGAGAACGAUCCGUUGUUAAAACAAGUAGAUAUCAAACAGAGGAAUUGUCGUUUUCCGGAUGAAAAUAAUUUAAAAGUUUACCAAGUGUACAGUAAUUCCGCAUGUAUCGUAAAUUGCAGAGCUGAAGCUCAGCUCAAAAUGUGUAAUUGUACGCCUCAUUAUUUAAAAAUUCCAGGAACACCAGUUUGUGGGGUCGAAGGUCUUGGUUGUAUAACUGAACAUUCAGAAUUAUUCAGAGCACUAAAAACUCAAGAUUUCAAUAAGUUGGGUUUAGUGUGUGAUUGUAUCUCUAGUUGUACUGAACCAGAAUAUAACGUUUUGAGUAAAGAAGUUGAAUCCUUAACUACUGAAAACCAAGAUGGUGAAGAUUUAAAACAUGAUGGAUCAAAAGUAAUCAUUGCAUUAGACAGACUACCAAAUGAAAGACUUAAAAGAAAUGUUGUAAGAUCUCGUAUGGAUCUCAUCGUUUCAAUUGGAGGAACUUUAGGUCUAUUUCUUGGAGUGAGCCUGUUAAGUAUUGUUGAAAUAGUUUACUUCUUCGUUGUUUGGACACAUAAAAAACCACCAAGCGUAAUAAAUAAUAAUGUCAAAAGCAAAAAACAAAUGCAUCAACCAAUUCAAAACGUUAAUAAUUUGCCAUUUUUACAUUGAAUCAUUUUAUGUACAUCUGAUAAAAAUUAAUUCACACAUAUUAGUCAAAAUAUUAACUAUUAACCUCAAAUAAUAUGAAACAAAACUUAUCAUAAUGUAUUAAAAUAAUUAAUAAAUAAACUUAAAACAUAGGUUAUUCAUUUCUUUUGCGACUAUUUAUCAGCUCCGUAUUACAAGAACUUCCAGUAUUCGUUCCAAAAAAGCGCUCGUCCAUUUCAUCAUUAGAAAGUUUAUUGAAACGCAACAAAAUAAAGGACAGAAUGAACUUAAAAGUAAGAAGUACGAUAGUUAGGACAGAAAUGUAGGUAUUUGAUAAUACUAACGGUAUCAAAUGUGUAAGAAAAUUUCUCAUUUUCUAUUAACAUAAAAAAUAAAAAACACGGUUUAAAUAAAAACUAAUAGUACAAUAAUAUUUAACAGAUAUUAAUUAUUUACCAAAAAUUUUUCAUAUAAACUCACCAUUUUGUUUUGCGUGUUCUGCCAACUGAUUAUCAGAGUUUUGCGUAGAAUGAUUAUAAACCAAAUUGUUGAGUUCCGAUUUUUCGUGGACUUUUAAAACUAUUCUUGGUUUUUAGUUUUUUAAGGGUAUACUAGUAGAUAAUUAGUAACUAGUAAGUAAUAUUUUCUCAAAUUAAAAUGUAUAUACCCAAGACUUAGUUGUUAUAUUAAAGAUAUCUUCAUUGUUUAAUAUUCGAUUAUAUUUAAACAUUUUUAGGCUUGGAUUUGCACAAAAGCUAUCUAAAACGACCAAUUUUUUUUAGUAAAAAUAAUAAUUACAAAUAGAUAUUAAGCACGAAUAUACUUUAAAAUAAAAUAAUAACGGUUUAUUAUUGUUAUUUUAGGGCUAUUGCAGAAAAUUAUAGUCAAUAGAUUAGGUUAAGUCUGACCUAUCAUUUUAUCAUCAUUAAAAUAUAUAAAUAUUAUAAUAAUAGUAUAAUUAGAGAAUUUAAAAUAAUAUAGUUCUUAUUUUUAUGAAUUAUUAAAGUAUUAAUGAUUACUACCUAAA